UAAAUUACAACAUUAAUGGCCGAUCUCAUCUCAACAGGUAAGUUGCUGUGACUCGCUGAUGAUGAGAAAACUCUGACAGAAGUGGAGUAGGUGGACAUUUUGUAAGGGAGUAAAUCAUGACGCAAAAUCACAAAAUGGAUGAUCUUUCGCGAGUGAUGACAUCAAACUGUGUAAAGGUCUUUGUCCAGAGGGAUUUCAGUGACGGUACUUCCAUUAAAUUUCUCACGAAGUUUCCUCCAGAGCUGGAUGGCAAGAUUGAAUCAGAACAGUUUGUGAGGACAGUCACCCAACUGAACAACAUGUUUUAUGAAGCAGAAAGUUUGGGUAGCAGAAACUACUGUGAAAGUUGCUUGGCUUGUUUAACAGCAUACAUGUCGUACAUUUGCUUUGAUACACAUUAUGAGAAGAUGUUGAAAAAAAUCAAGAAAUUUGUAGAAGAACAAAACCAGACUAUUUAUUUACCAAGGGAUUUGUUAUUGGUGGAUCCGGUGGAGAGAGGACUACGUGUUCUGGAAAUAUGUGUACUUAAUGAAAGCAAUGGAAGAGGAUGAAAACUUGUGAUAUGAUAUACAGUAUUGCAGAUAGGAAAGAUUUUUGUUUCAUGGACAGAGCCAUUCUGAGAAAAGACAUUGUGGCAUAUAUACAACUCACUGCAUUGGUAGCGUUGGAAGUUCAUAGCGUCUUCUGAAUUGUAGAAACAUAAUAGAAUUCUGGUUACUUAAUGUUAGUAAAGAAAGCUAUAGUCUUUGUAAAUCAGAUGACAAAUUCGGUCUUGAUUAAUGCUUUGGAGAUAUUCAAGAUUAUGGAGAAAACAUUAUGGACAGAUCUUUCCUUCAUUACCAUUUCAUUGUUUAUGUAGAAGCAUACUCCUUGUGUCUUUUCAUUGAAUGGUACAUCUUUUCUGAGUGAAUAGCACAGAUUAUGUUCAUAUACAUUGAAAAUGUAUUAGAACCUAUUGAAAGGCAGGUAGAAGUUCAACAAUAUCAUUUGAAAAUACAGAAAUUUGUUUGAUAAAUGCUGGUGCAUACAUGCCUUUUCAACAAAAUAAAGUAAUUGUUUCAAGUUUGUUUCGCAAAUCAUAACCUAUCGUAUGGAUAUGUGAUAUAAUACAGCAUCAUACUUAUCAUUUGAUACAUGGCUAUAGUUGUUUAUACAGCCUUUCAUCAUUAUAAUUUACUUGGGCUGUAUUUGUUUUUGGGGUCCAAAGCAUAGUCCAUGCUUGGCUGAUAAAAACUGAGUAAAACCGUUGCACACUUUCGGAUUACACAUGUACAGGUAUAGGUAUAUUUUCUUUUGCACAUUUCUUCAAGAAAUUUUCUGAUCAAAUUUCUAUUGACAAAUUUCACAAGUAAUUGAAAGUAAAAUCUAGAUUGUAAACUAUUGUGCAGACAACAGCAAAGAAAUUUGGACUACAUAAAUUGGCAUCCUUUUUCUCAAAUUUGAAGAGGGUUUUACACCCAUAAUUAGAGAAAAUGCAUGACAGAGCAAACCACCAGAUUGUCUUCUUCAUAAAAGAUAUGACUUCAGAAUUUCUCUAUGUUCAGAAAUAAAGCGUAAUCAAGAUUGAGAUGUACUCCUGACACGGUCAUCAUUUCAUUUAUAUAGAUUAAAGAUAGCUAUAUUAUGCUCGAUGUCUUUGUCAGAUUAGUUGUUUAUCAUCCAAGUUUGGAAGUCAAUUUCCAGUACAUGAAGUUGGUAUUUAAUUGAUGUCUUGCACUAGAGACUUAAAUAUCCCCAACUUACAUGAAUGUAAUUAUGGGAAAUUUUGUUAUAUUUGACUUUUGGCUAUGAAACAAUUUUUCAGUACCAACAAUUAAGACGAGUGCGAAAAGCAGUACUAAAUAAAUGGAAAUUUUAAGAAAUAACUUAGAGUGAAACUUUCUAUGUGUACAUUGUGGUUUGCAUUCCAUACUCUAUGUCUGUACAUUGUAGCAUUACUGGUUGGAACUACACUACUUUCACACUAUAUCAUCAAUGUUAAAAUUCCUGAGAGACUUGAGUGAUGUUAUAACUCUUACAUGUGAACAUAUACAUCACACAUUGUACAGUGACUGACUUGUACAUGUUUAUAUGUAUUUGUAUAUAUGUUUAACGGUAUUUGGAAUAGAAAGCUUGAUAUUAAAUCUCUUCACAAAUGUGGGCUACUUAUAAAAAUGUCUCCUGAAAAAAGCUUCAUUGAGUAAAUAUUGGUACAUUUAUUGUAGUUGUCAAAUUAUAUUGAUAUGUGAUAAAAAAUAUUAAAUUUGUGAUAUAAUGUUUAUUGUAUGAUUUUUACCCCUGUUUUAUGUACUUGUGCUAUGUAUAUUAAAUGGAGAUGGACUGAAUAUGUUACUGCUUGUUUUUGUUAAAGGGAGACAAUUCACUUCAAACGUUCCACUAUUGGCAUUGGUUCAUCAAUAUUGUAUGAUUUUGUAUGUCAGAAUGUAUUCAAAACAAUUUUCUCUGUCAAAAAGGAUUUGCUGUUGUAUCAGUCUUUUGAAUUUCACUUGACAUGUUUUGGAAACAGACUCAUUUGAUUCUGUUUCUUGUUGGCAGAGAGGUAGGAUGAAUAUUUUACAUUUUGGUUAAUUUGAGAUAAGGCAGAUCGAUAAAUGAGAUGGUGACUAAAUGAAAGGAAAAGAAUGAUAUUAUAGCAUAAGAUCAUGAUAUGGGUUAAAGCAGCAUAUUCAGUAAGAAAUUUGGAAAAUCAUACAUUGAUGUUUUUCUUUUACUUUUAUCUAAGAUGCAAAAAAUACUGCUGGUGACAAGCAGCAAAAGAUGGGAGGAUAGAGUUAGUGUGUAGUGAAAGAAACAAAUAAUUUGUUUCUGUUAUUUAAAAUGUUUAUCACUAACAAUUAAGAUCAUUGCACUUUAUACUUCCUGUAACAACAUGACAGAUCUGAGAGAUCUGAUUUUAAAUUUAUAAGAUUAAUGGUAGACCUGUAUAUUUAUAUAUAAUGACAAUGCUAUCAAAAUGGGAAAAUUCAGUAUAGACACAUUAAGAUAAAAGAAAAAAAUUGUUUUGAACAGGAAGUCCUUCCAAAUUGUACAUCCGAUAAAUAUGUAAUGUCUAUUGUGAAGUGGAUUAUUGUUCUGAUUAUACAUUUCAUAAUGAUAGCAAGAUGAUUGAACGAAAAAGAAAACAAUAUAUUUCUCGCAUAAAGAUAAAUUAUCUUGUAUAGCAUUACCGACCAGACAUACAUAUGAAAAGGAUUUCUGAAUAUUUUUUACUUUAAAAUUGAAACUGAUGAAUAUGUUUGUGUAUUAUGUAUUCGUGUCUGUUUCGACCUACCCUAAUGCUGAGUAUUUUGAAAGAAAUUUCAAAAUAGUUACCUAAUCUGAUGAAUUCCAUGAUUUCUAUGUAAAUGAUAGCAUUUUAUUUAUUUUCUGUACAACAAAGAUGUAAACAAUAGAAUAUAACAAUUAUUUUAUGACCUGAUUGGUUUAUAAGUAUGGUAGCCUGUAAAUGACCUAAUUGGUUUAUAAGUAUGGUAGCCAGUAAAUGAAGGUUAUCAUAUCCUAUUUUUGAUGAGACAGGGUCAAGUAAUUAACACACAGUUUAAAAUCCACAGAUAGAUUUAUGACCGUUAUCUUUACUGCUAGUAAUUUAUAUAUAUUUUCCUUUCUAUUAUUAUUUUUUUUUAAUUUAGAUGUUUUGCUUGGAAUAAUUAUGCUUGUAACUCAUAGCUCUGUACUAGUGUUUCUAAUACACUUCUACCUUUUGUAAUAUAUUGAAUGCAAAACAGAGAGGAAAGCAUGAAGAAAGGUAAUGUGAAGUGAUGUUAUCUGGAUAAAGUAUGUAUUUAUUGAAUGUAAAUAUGCUUGUAGCGCACAAGCAAUCACCACUCAUGAUGAUGAUCAGGGGCACCCAUCAGCCUUCUAUCAUAGUUAUGUAAUAUACUUACAUUUAUCGUUGUAUUUUCCUAGAUUAAAUCAAUUCAACAUGUCCCCCUUUCAUGUAGACAAAUUGAAAUAAUUUAUUUAUCAAAUUUUCAGCCUUUAAUCUAGUAAACUCGCCCAUGUAAUAUUUUUUGUAUAUGUCCCUAUAAAAAUAUACUGUGGAGUAUUUUUUUCUCUGUCAGAAGUUGAUUGAAAUACAUUUUAAAAAAAACAGUGAUGUUACAUCAGUAAUUGAAAAUAGUGCAAGAAAAUGACUGUUCUUUGAUUUGUCAUCCACAUUUUGACCUUAAAACCUGUCAAAAUUCAACUUUCUGGCAAAUGUGAUAAAAAGUAUCUUAAAAGGUUCAUUUCAUAUUAGAUUUUAUAAAACUUGUGUGGAAGUUUCAAUUUUUGCUUGUCAAGGCUUGCAAAAAUAAGAGCUUCCAAGACUCUUUUCAUAAAGUCUCAUAUGAAAUGAAAUUUCAUUUGUGUUAUAUAUUUUCCAGAUAAAGUGUGUUAUCUAUUGAAUGUUAAUGUGUGAUUAGUAUAAAUGAUAGCACAUUGACAUCUGCAACUCAUGAAUCCAUUGAUCAAGGUCACCAAGUCUCUGUCUAAAUUAUGAAUUAUACUUAUAUGUAAUAUUCUUUUUACUUUAAUGUUUUUUUUUUUAAAUAGGAUAAUUGUGAAAUCAUUUAAACAUGUCCUGUUUUCAGGUAGUAUAACAGGAAUAUUGAUGUAAUAUGAUGUUAUUAAGAUAAAAGGAGUAAUUUAAUGUAAAUGUGCUUGUAAUGAAGACACACAACUCACAUCAAUGUUCAAGGUCUUCUUGCAUCAGGUAUGUAACAUACUAUAUAUGUGUCAUUGCUUUGAUGUUGUUUUUCUAAUAUGAUAAUCAUGAAAUCAAUCAAA